AGUGGUGAAAGUAUUGCAACUAAGACUGAGAGUCAAUCUAAUUUUUUAUCUAACUAUCUCAGUCAUACCUACAGUAGAAACUAAUUCUAAAAGCUGUUCAGAUAUUUUAAUCAGUGGAUUAGAUUUAGGAAUCUGGACAUCGUUUCCGGAAAGAUUGAGUUUAGAGUUUUUCAAAUGCAAUUUUUUUUUUUGCUCGUGCCAAAAAUUGCGGAAGUGUCAGAGGAUGCAGAUAUUGUAUGGAUUAUAUGCCAAAUCACAGUUGUCUUUGCGAAUGGAUCGCUUUCCGUUUUCCUCAGCGCCUAGCAACUACCACCACAGGACACACUUCAUCUGUUUCCAAAUGUCCUGAAGGUUUUGUUACUUAUUGAUCUCGUCGAAAGAUUGCCAAGUGAACAUCGGUGUUGAACCCUCUGGAGUCCGAAGCUCUCUCCAUCGAGUGAAUGCUGUCUGAGAGUCGUAACUGGACGUACAGUCAGCAACAGAGGUUAAUGUCUCAGCGCCGGAGUCAGGAGCAGCACAGGCAGCAGGAGGCCAGGCGUGUGGACCGGGAGAGGCAGCUGCAGGCCAGUCUGCAGGACGAGGAGAGCUUUGAGAGGAGGAGAUACCUGCGACAGGUGCAGGAAGAACUCAAGGAGAGGCAAAUGGAGAGCGCUCUGUUGAAGGCAGAGGAGGAGAGAAUAAACAGAGAAAAGCAACUUGAACAAGAGGAGAGAAUGGCUAAAGAGCUGGCCCGCAUCAACUAUGAGACCCAAAGAGAAGAGAAAAUGAGGCAGUAUAUUAAAGAGAACAGUAUGGAGCUUCGAGAGUUGGAGUCCAAGCUGAAGUCUGCAUAUCUGAAUAAGGAAAGAGCUGCACAGAUUGCUGAGCAGGAAGCUAUGAGGUUUGAGACGAUGCGUGAGGAGGCAGACUUUGCUCGCAAGAUGAAGAGCGAAAAUGAGCGAACAGCUGGUGAGCUGCAGAAGCUGGAGCAGAAACGCCACGAGGAUCUGGUGCAGUAUCAGAGAGAGCUGGAGCAGCAGCUUGUGGAGAGGGAGCGCAGGAGGCAAGAGGCGUACGAGGAGUUCCUCAAAGAGAAGCUCAUGGUUGAUGAGGUUGUCAGAAAGAUUUACGAGGAGGAUCAGAUGGAGAGACAACUGAAACUGGAGAAGGUCAGAGCCACUCAGCAGCACAUUGAAGAAUUCAAGAGACAGCAGGCCGAGUGGAGACGCAUGGAGCAAGAAAAGAUGGAGGCCGAGAACAGACGCAUCAUGGAGUUUGCAAGCCAUCAAGAGCACAUGGAGGAGACCAGAAUGGCUAAGAUCAGAGAGAGAGAAGAAGCAAAGGAGCAUCUUCAUAAAAUACUGUCUGAGAAGAUUGAAGAGGAGAGGCAGCAGCGGGAAGAGAUGGAGCGAGUCCGUGAGGAGCUUUGCUUAGAAGAACAAGAAGAGGCUAACAGGCAGAGAGAUAUUGAAGAGAUGGAGAAGAAAAUCAGACAGAGGCUGAUGAUGCAGCAGACCUGCCAGGAGCAGAUGGCUUUCAAAGAGAUGCAGAGACAGGCAGAGAAAGAGGAAGAUGAGGCCUUCAGGAAAAUGAUGAUGGCUAAGUUUGCGGAGGACGAUCGGAUAGAGCAGAUGAAUGCCCAGAAACGACGCAUGAAGCAACUUGAGCACAAACGCGAGGUGGAGAAACUGAUGGAGGACAGAAGACGGCGGCAACAGGCUGACAUGGAACUGGAGGCUAAAGAAAGAGCGAUUGAGCAGGAGAGGGAGGCACUGCGAAGACGGAUAGUUGAAGAAGAGAGGCAGCGACUUCUUAAACGUCACGCAACAAAACUCCUUGGAUACCUUCCAAAGGGCUUGCUCCGUGAAGAUGACCUAGAGCAUUUUGAUGAAGACUUCAGAAAAAACUUUAAAACACGCCAGGCAGAUAUCUUCUCUGAAGACGGCUGGGAAGGCGAUGAGUAAAUGUUUUUUCCCUGAAAUUGCCUACUGUGCCACUAAAUGGCAGUUUAAGGUUACAGUGAACUACGUAGCAAUUUUUAGUGACCACAAAGUUCUUCAUUCCUCUGUAUUCAUACUAGAACCUGUUUAGCAUCCAGUAACAACAAAAUGAUUGAGAGACAUUUUUUUAUUAGGACUGUGCUGACAGGAUCUUAAUUAAAAUCAUUCCAGAAAUCAUCUGAGGUUGUCUGGUGGCUAAAUGUGAUAAUAAGACAAAUCUCUAAAUCUAAAUUCACUCUGAAUUCAAACUCUAAAGUUUUUAAUUGUCAUACUAAUCAAAUUCUGAAAGACAGUAAACUGACAUCUUUCACUCCACAACACACAGAAAUAUCUUUCAGUGCUGAACCUCUCCGUGUUUAUGACUUCCCCCAGUCUAGAGCUUUCAUGAACUCGUCUUCUGUGAACGACAGCAGCUUUGCAGCUUCAAAAUGCAUCUGCACACAAAAAAAGGUUCACAUUUUGAUUAAAAGCUUUGAACAGCGUAUGUAUUAACAGGGUACAGUAGAGACACUUACCCUUUGUCUUUUGAGAAUGUCAAUCAGCUUGAGCUGUUUCUUGAAACCCACGAUGAGUUCUGCUUUCUGUUUUUUUAGCAUUUUGUUUUCAGCAAGUAGAUUUUCUUUACUCUGAUGUUCCUCACUUAUCUUGUCCUUAUUUAAAAGAAUUUAAAAGACUGAAAUGAGUUGAAGUUAAGCAGAACCUAACAUUUUUGCAACCUGAGGUCUCAUUUGCAAACCAGUUAGAAUUAAAACAACCUGUUGAAAUUCAGUUAUAGCUGGUGCUUUAUGUAAAUGUUUAAAAAGAGCUAAAUUAACUUUCCAUCUUCAAAUAUCGUAUUCCACGUUGCCCACAGAUAUUUUCAAGUCCACUGUGCAGCUUAACAUUCAGCUGCUAUACAUGAAAGACUUGUGAUCUCCCUGCAUACUUCAGUUUUAUUGUUUUAGAUCACUGGACUCUGGCUCUGCGUGCUGCAGUUUAUCACUUUGUGAAGUUACUGAGCUCCCUGUUUUCAAUAUCACUGUUUAGGGGAUCUUUUAUUCUCUUUAUUUUAAAAUAAAUUAGCACAUUACCUUACUUCUCUGGCACUUUUUUGAUCUUAAAACUACAAUACUAAGACACUGAUAAUUACAUGGCUUUAAAAAAUCUGUUAAAUGAACCCUGUAACUCCACAUUUAGCUGCUCGUUUACGUUCAAAUAAAGAUUCACUUCUUUGUGAUUGUUA